UUCAUAUGACAGAUCUCACUUGAAAAUCCUCUGAUAAGUUCUUCGAAUGGAAAUAAAUUUAUGUACCUUUUUUGGACAAUUUUAUAUAUUAUUUACAAUGAUGACAUAAGGCGCAGGAAUAUAAAUAUUUUCUGGAUUAAGUUUGAGAAAGUUCCCUGAUACACAUAGUAUAAAUGUGUCACAAUCCAAAGUUAGGAACUAGGCAUGUCCAAGUGUUAUUUUUAUUUUUAGCACUAGCAAUAUGUUUUUCAAUGAGAGUCAACAUGAGUAUGGCUAUUGUUGCUAUGACAGAAGACGAUAUCGAUGGAUCCUUUGAUUGGAGCAUGCAAACUCAGAGCUAUGUGUUAACCUCUUUCCUCUGGGGAUACAUUGUGCUCCAGAUUCCCAGCGGCGCGCUGGAAGCUAGAUAUGGUGCCAAAGUGCUCCUAAUGCUAUGUAUGCUUGUUAACUCUGGAAUCUCACUAACGAUACCCUCUGUUGCACGUAAGGCGCGGUGGACAGGGCUUUGUUUCUGUCGUGUGGUACAAGGUCUGGCUCAAGGAUGCUUAUUUCCCUCGACACACAGUCUCGUCAGCCGGUGGAUCCCUAUCAAUGAAAUGGGGAUGCUAGGCUCUGUGGUAUAUGGUGGGACAUUUCUGGGCACGAGCAUGCAGUUGUUGGUAUCUGGCUUUAUUAUACAACAUUUUGGUUGGCCCACUAUAUUUUACGUCAACGGCACCUGUGGGACUGUUUGGUUUGUAUUUUAUAUGUACUAUGGAUCCGACAGUCCUCAGAAAUCUAAUCUUAUAAGUACUGAAGAAAAGCAAUACAUUCAAGCGUCAAUGCAAAUAUUUGAGGAAUCAAAGCUGAAGAAUACUCCUUGGAAGAUGAUAUUGACGUGUUGUCCUUUCUAUGCGCUGCUGACGUCACAUUGUGGACAUAACUGGGGGUUCUGGACGCUCAUCACAGAGCUACCGACGUACAUGAAUGAUGUAUUGGGCGUACACAUUACACAGAAUGGUCUUUUACUAGCGAUCCCCUACAUGACUCUUUAUCUCUUGAGUUUUCCAUUCGGAUUCAUGACGGACCUUGCAAUGAAGCACAACUGGUGCAGCAUCAGUGCUUGUAGGAAAAUAUGCAAUUCUAUUGGUGAGUUUGGUCCUGCAGUAAUGCUUAUAGUAUUAUGUCAGGUGCCUGCAGGUCACGUCACCCUAACUGUAGCCAUGCUGUCCGGCGUGGUUGGCCUCAGCGCUGGACAUCUCACCGGUAUAUGGCUGACACACAUCGAUAUGACGCCUAAUUUCGCCGGCAGUGUGAUGGGCAUCACCAACUUCUUCGCCAACAUCACGGGCAUAAUCGCACCCCUAGUAGCAGGGGCUGUUAUCGCAGAUGAGGACGAUCCGAGACAGUGGCACACUGUGUUCUACAUAUCAUCAGGCAUAUACUUCGUGACGAACUUGGUGUACAUCAUAUUCGGCAGCAGCGAGGUGCAGCCCUGGAACGACCCUGACUACACGGCCACACCGACAGGCCCACAGAGACAAAUGCCGAGUGUAACGGAAUUAAAUUCAAUAAGUCGCGUUCGUCGGAUGUCUGCCGUCAGUAUUUAAUAGUGUAUUUUUUUAAUACAAAUGAAAACUUACGAGAACUU